AUGAAGCCGGUCAAGUCGGAAUUUCCCCAAGGCCAUACCUAUCGACCAGUCGUAAAUCUGCCUUUGCCCCGAGAGCCAAUGAACUUCAGUGGCUGUGACGAAAGAGUCUCUAAAACUGUCGAUGUACUUCGCGACGCCUACAAAGGAAAUAUCGUUUUUGUUGGACAUGACUCUUCAAUAGCGUCGGUGAUUUGGAAUCUCGCACAUAAAGAUGUUUACCCAUGCCAAGCGACGAUCACCGUGUUCAAAGAGGUCGGAGGCAAGGUGGAGAUGGUCGAACAGUGCUCAACAAAACAUCUCAAACCAACGAACAAGACACGAUUUACAGGCUAA